AUGAUGUCUAGCGUUUGGUUUGGGUUCUCUUUUCUGGUGUUCACGAUCGUUGGCGGAUACCGAUAUGAUCCCGCUUAUGUUCAAUAUAAUCUCAACCAGAAUAAGACAGCAGUUGACCCUCUCGACUAUUGGGGAGAAUGGACGGGGCAUGACUACAAUCCUUCACCAUCAAACUGGCGGUUCCCAUUCUACACACUCUUUCUCGACAGAUUUGUGAACGGGGAUCCUUCCAACGAUAAUAUUAAUGGAACAUCAUACGAACAUGAUAUCAACUCCAAUCAAAUGCGCCAUGGAGGGGAUCUCCUUGGCCUGGUCGACACGUUGGAUUACCUACAAGGCAUGGGAGUCAAGGGGCUUUACAUAGCCGGCUCGCCCUUCAUCAACAACCCUUGGGGCUACGAUCAAUACUCUCCUCUCGAUCUCUCCAUCCUCGAUGAGCAUUUCGGAGACAUUGAGAUGUGGCGGACAGCUGUACAGGAAAUACAUGCUCGAAAUAUGUACAUCAUCUUGGAUAAUACCUUUGCCACCAUGGGUGACUUGAUUGGAUUUGAUGGCUAUCUCAAUACUACAACACCUUUCACGUUGGCCGAGCAUCAAGUCCAAUACAAGACAGACCGCCACUACCAUGACUUCAAUUUCGGAAACAACUACAACAAGACAUGCCAAUAUCCCAAAUUCUGGUUAGAAACCGGUUAUCCUGUUGGUGACGAUGUUACCAAAAACAUGGUCGGCUGCUAUGACAGCGAGUUCGAUCAAUACGGAGAUACCGAAGCCUUCGGUGUAUUUCCAGAUUGGCGACGGCAGCUGUCAAAAUUCGCCUCAGUGCAAGACCGUCUGCGUGAAUGGCAUGAGCCCGUCCGUCGGAAGCUAGAAAACUUCUAUUGCGUUCUGAUCGCUCAACUCGACAUCGACGGCUAUCGAUAUGACAAGGCGACCCAAAGUACCAUCGAUGCUCUGGGCUUCAUGAAUGAUGCCAUGCGGACAUGUGCUAAGAGAUACGGCAAACACAAUUUCUUUCUACCAGGUGAAAUUACUGGCGGAAACGUCUUCGGAUCACUCUACCUUGGUCGUGGCCGACAGCCUGAUAUGCUCCCUGACAACCUUACCACGGCCGUCACAAUGACCAACAAUUCUGCCGACAAGUACUUUCUGCGGGCCCCGGAGUAUGGAGCCCUCGAUGCUGCAGCUUUCCACUACACUGUCUAUCGUACCUUGACACGGUUCCUGGGCAUGGAUGGUAACUUGGAGGCCGGAUAUGAUGCUCCGUCCAACUGGGUAGACAUGUGGAACAACUUUCUUAUCACGAAUGAUUUUGUCAACCCCAACACUGGUCUUUUCGACCCUCGUCACCUCUACGGGGUUACAAAUCAGGACGUUUUUCGCUGGCCUGCUAUCACCAACGGGGUCCACCGCCAAUUGUUGGGUCAUUUCAUCACCACGAUCGAGCUACCUGGAUCGCCACUGUUGCUCUGGGGUGAGGAACAAGCUUUCUAUGUCUUGGACAACACGGCAUCGAACUACAUAUUUGGUCGACAAGCGAUGUCGUCCGCCACGGCUUGGCAUACUCAUGGCUGCUAUCACCUCGAUUCUACUCAGUUUUACAAGAUGCCACUGAAUGCCUCGCGCCAUGGCUGUGAAGAUGAGACAGUCAGCUACGACCACCGAGACCCUUCGCACCCUGUGCGGAAUAUCAUCCACCACAUGAAUCAGCUGCGGGACCAGUAUCCUGUACUUCAAGACGGAUUUUUCUUACAACAAUUGUCAAAUCAGACCGAGCAAAUCCAAUAUCCUGGUUCCGGAAAGGUCACCACUGAGACUGGGAUGUGGUCCGUCAUGCGAUCUGGCUUCCCAGAUGUUCAAGACCUCAGUGGGACUGGAGCCGGAGACCUCCCGGUUUGGUUGCUAUACUCUAAUGCUAAUGCCUCCACCACGUAUACUUUCGACUGCAACAAUAACGAUACCGAUCUGAAUACCACAAGUCUGAUUGCUCCCUAUGAUGCUGGCACGACAGUCAAAAAUCUUUUCUACCCCUACGAUGAACAUACCCUGGCCGACAGCGUUCACAGGUUAGGAAUCAACGGCUCAACAAACCCAAAUGGCUGCUUAAGUAGUUUAGACAUGGAAGCGUAUGACUUCCGUGCCUAUGUUCCCGUUGAUCAAUGGGUUGGCCCUCAACCUAUGAUCACCAAGUUCAGCCCUGGUCAUGACGCCCGCCUUGAGUCAAAUGUCAGCGCAAAUGCUACCGAGUCAGUCGACAUUGAAUUUCAAUUUUCUGUUGAAAUGAAUUGCGAUAGUGUCACAAAUAGCAUCAUAUUCAAUUCAACUACGGAAUUAGGACGCAUACCAACAAUCGACGAAGCCAGCAUUCAGUGUGGUAUUAUAAGCGAUCCACAGAUUCCGCCCUACGUAGGAGCUAUCUCCUCGACUUGGUCUUGGUCAGCAACUCUCAACGGCGUCGCCCAUGGUGUUCACGCCAUAACUAUCCGAAAUGCAUCGUCUGAGGCUGGUGAGCAUACGAAUGCAGUGGACCGAUUCUUGUUCCGAAUCGGGCAGAGAAACAAUCCGAUCGUAUUCACCACCAGCGCAAAUUACUCGUCUAGUCUCCUCAGCAAGAGCGAAAACGGCUCCUUGGUCCUCUCCCAUGCGGCUGCUGGUGCUGACAAAUGGCGAUAUUCCACGAACUGGGGAUCGUCGUUCUCGCCAUGGAUGCCAUACGAGGGUGGAAAGACCCAAAUUGAGGAGCAAGAGUGGUCAGGGACAGACCUACAGUCCUGGAAAGGCACACACGUGCGAGUGGAAUACUUCAGUCGUCUGGCUGGUAGCAGUGAUCAUAUGCAGCAGGGUGAUGUCGACUUCAGCACGCCACGACGGUUCCCGCAUCUUUUCUUGAAUGGCCCCUACAAUCAAUACGGGUAUGACGCGGGGCUGGAUAAUGAGAUGAAACUGUCCAACAACUCAACUUGGGAGCACCAUUUCAUGACCGAAUGGAGUCUCAGUGGCACUUUAGCGCAGAUAAAUGUGUGGGGCAUCAAUCCAGACGGGAAACCGGAUCAAACAGUCGUGAUGGGUGAUUCUGAUGGAGAUUCGGUCCUUGAUCGUCUUCCUCCAUCAUCUCUCUCCUCAGUUGUUCUUAACAUUACUCAGCCUCCCCCAAAACCACAUCUAGGUUGGCGUGUCGUCAUCAAUGAUGGAACGCUACGAUUCAGCCUCGUGCCAUCAGGAAAUAUGUGGAAUCAGCUGAUUCUUUACAUCCUCCUUUGGAUCGUUCCAAUUUUUACCGCAGCAUUCAGUGUGUGGUCAUUCAUGCAGUCUUUCUAUCAGGUCAAGGUGAACGAAAUUGGGAUAUCCGAAAAAAGUGGGAUGAUCACGGCGGCCUUCAAGAAGCAAUUCAAGAAACUGGUCGAUGAAGAAGACUCCCCUGGCAUCCUGUCGAGAUUAACUCGCAAACCAAGAUUCCUGCAGCAAACAAAUACAGUCAUCGAUCAACAACGACGCCGUAUGGUCUUGAUUGCAACCAUGGAGUACGAUAUAGAAGAUUGGGCAAUCAAAAUUAAAAUCGGCGGUCUUGGAGUAAUGGCCCAAUUAAUGGGUAAGAAUCUUGGUCAUCAGGAUUUGAUAUGGGUUGUUCCCUGCGUUGGAGGCGUGGAUUAUCCAGAAGACCAAAGAGCCGACCCCAUGACUGUCACCGUGCUCGGCAAGCCUUACGAAGUGCAAGUCCAGUACCAUGUCCUGCGAAAUAUCACCUAUGUCUUACUUGAUGCGCCUGUUUUUCGACAGCAAACCAAAUCCGAACCAUAUCCAGCCCGGAUGGACGAUCUCUCAUCGGCCAUCUACUAUUCGGCUUGGAACCAAUGCAUCGCUCAAACUAUCAACCGCUUCCCUAUAGACCUCUACCAUAUCAACGAUUAUCACGGCUCCGUUGCUCCACUCUAUCUUCUUCCAAGAACAAUUCCUGCUUGCUUAUCCCUCCAUAACGCCGAGUUUCAAGGUUUGUGGCCUAUGAGAACGAAACAAGAGCGGGAAGAGGUAAGCUCGGUCUUCAAUCUUUCCUCCGAGCUGGUCCAACGUUAUGUCCAAUUCGGCGAAGUCUUCAACUUGCUUCAUGCCGGGGCGUCAUAUUUGAGAAUUCACCAACAAGGAUUUGGCGCUGUUGGGGUGUCGAAGAAAUAUGGCAAGCGCUCCUACGCUCGCUACCCCAUCUUUUGGGGCCUGAAAAAGGUUGGAAAACUUCCCAAUCCCGAUCCAUCCGAUACUGGCGAAUGGGAUAAGAAGCUUCCAAGCGAAGAGGAUAUUCGAGUCGAUCCAGGGUUCGAGGCUAGCCGCCCGGAGCUGAAACGUCAGGCCCAGGAAUGGGCUGGGCUGGACCAAAACCCCGACGCUGAGCUAUUUGUCUUCGUUGGCAGAUGGAGCAUGCAAAAAGGAAUAGACCUGAUUGCAGACGUGUUCCCCUCGGUUCUGGAAUCAAACCCAAAUGCGCAGCUCAUCACCGUUGGACCGGUCAUUGACCUAUAUGGGAAAUUUGCAGCGUUGAAAUUGGACCGAAUGAUGAAGCUUUACCCGGGCAGAGUGUUCUCUAAGCCUGUGUUCACCGCUCUCCCGCCAUUCAUCUUCUCAGGUGCGGAAUUUGCCCUGAUUCCCUCUCGAGACGAGCCUUUUGGCCUGGUCGCUGUGGAAUUCGGUCGUAAAGGCGCACUCGGUGUAGGCGCAAGGGUCGGCGGUCUUGGUCAGAUGCCUGGAUUUUGGUAUACUGUGGAAUCGACGACAACGGCUCAUUUGAUACACCAGUUUAAACUCGCAAUCGAUGAGGCUCUAAGCUCGAAGACCGAGCUUCGUGCCCUCAUGAGAGCACGAUCAGCCAAACAGAGGUUUCCCGUGGCACAAUGGGUUGAAGAUCUCGAAAUUCUCCAAUCUACAGCAAUUCGCAUCCACGACAAGGUUGAAGCCGCAAAGCGUCAUACUACCACUGCGGGAGAUCUAAUCUGGCCCCAUUCUGGGUGGAAUACUCCGGGAGGCUCGGGUGCCACCACCCCGGCGGGCUGGCGGACUCCGACAACAGCUCAUUCACGAGGACCAAGCUACUCGACAUUGCAUUCACUCACCGCUCGACUCAAAAACCUUGGGCAUAGUCGUGAUCAAAGCCAGGACAAUACCCUGUCAUCAUCAGCCCCUGGGCUUUCACGUUCGGCGUCGCUGGGAUCACGUAGAGGCCCUGGACACGUCAAUGCCCAAGAUGCUCACGACGAGGACGAACCUAACACGCCCGCAAUCCUUCCUCCAGUGCCAGAUGUAGAGGGAGACGAUACCGGGUUGGGCACUGCGGUCACUGCGUACAAUGACGCAGAUUCUGAUGGGGAAGAUGAUGAUUCCAACGAUUUCGAAGAAGACGGGCAGAUCACCAUGCCCUCCCAGGCUCGCGGUCGUUAUGAAAGGAUCCCUCUUGAUGAUGAAUCUAGUCUUUCAUCACGAGUAAACGAUGCAUUCCGCUCAUCAGGAGGUCUGGGAUUGGAACUGACUCCACUGCCCAAACAGAGGUCAAACCCUAUUGAGGGUCCUCGACUUCCAGAAACACCGAGACCAGAACCCGGACUACUCGUGCCACCUCCAGUCAUUUCGGAAGCUAACAAUCGCUUAUCAUCCUCUCCCUCAAUACUCUCCGUGAACUCGAUCGUCGGUGAGAAGACUGAUUUCAAGCUGCAACAAGUCGAUCCCUUCUUCACCGACAGCAACGGCGAGUUUGCCCGAGCCUUCGAGAAGAAGCUUGACGGACUCAAUGGGAGUAACUCUGAAUCCGCGACGUGCAUCGAAGAGUUCCUCAUUAAAUCCGAGAAGCAAUGGUUUGACGCCUUCCGAAAUGCCAAACUUGGAAGACACAAUGUCUACUCUGCACGCUCGAGUUUCCAAGCCAGUCGAGAAUCCGGUCCCGCGUCCAUCGCCCCCUCCACUCACUACGAUGAGAACAGCGACCCUGAGCACGACCACAACAGCCUUGUCGACGAGUUUCUGCUCGGGAAGGACUAUGUACCGCCUACUGGACUGAGGAAAUGGAUGCAACUUCGCAUUGGCGAUUGGCCUGUGUAUGCAUUCUUCAUGGGCUUCGGACAGAUCAUUGCAGCCAAUUCAUAUCAGAUCACACUGUUAACAGGUGAAGUUGGGCAAACCGCUGAUAAGUUAUAUGCGGUCGCCUCCAUAUACCUGGCCACCUCAAUCUGUUGGUGGAUCCUCUUCCGCCGCCUCAGUUCGGUCCUGUGCCUCUCACUGCCCUUCUUCUUUUACGGCCUGGCGUUUAUUUUAAUUGGCGUGGCCCACUAUGCCUCGACUUCAGAUGGGCGGGGCUGGAUACAAAACGUUGGCACCGGGAUGUACGCCGUGGCGUCGUCGUCAGGAUCUCUUUUCUUCGCUCUAAAUUUUGGUGACGAAGGUGGUGCUCAAGUUAAAGCCUGGGUAUUCCGCGCCUGUGUGAUUCAGGGAACUCAACAGAUCUAUGUCGUCGCGCUCUGGUAUUGGGGCUCGUAUCUCAAUCGACGUACCGCUGACGGACUGCUCACGACCUCAGACCCAAUAUCCUCGACGUGGAAAAUCACAGCCAUCACACUCCCUAUUGCUGUUCUCCUUUGGGCGAUUGGAUUGCUAAUGUGGUUUGGUUUGCCAAAUUAUUACCGACAAGCUCCGGGUAAAAUGCCGAGUUUCUACCACAGCUUGCUACGGAGGAAAAUUGUGCUCUGGUUCUUCGUCACAGUGGUGAUCCAGAAUUUCUUCCUCUCGGCGCCCUACGGUCGCAACUGGACAUUUUUGUGGAGCAGUUCGCACGCCCAGACAUGGCAGAUCAUGUGUCUGGUGGUAUUGUUUUUCAUCGUUGUCUGGGCGGGCUUUCUGUGGCUGUUCGCUUUGCUUUCCAAAUCUCAUAGCUGGAUCCUCCCAAUCUUCGCCAUCGGACUGGGUGCUCCUCGCUGGGCUCAAAUUUGGUGGGGAACAAGCAAUAUCGGUCUCUAUCUUCCUUGGGCAGGCGGCUAUACCUCGUCCGCUAUCCUCUCGCGCUCACUGUGGCUGUGGUUAGGCACACUAGAUGCAGUUCAAGGCGUCGGAUUGGGUAUGAUCCUCCUCGCGACAUUGACACGGGUACACGUCGCAUUCACACUCAUCACGGCCCAAGUUCUCGGUUCGGCUGCCACCAUCGUCGCCAGAGCCUGUGCGCCCAACAAGAUCGGUCCUGGUCCCAUUAGCCCCGAUAUUAGCGGCAGCGUAGGGAACCUCUGGCAGGCGUGGUUUUGGAUCGGAUUAGUUGCGAAUUUGAGUAUUUGUGUCGGAUAUUUCAAGUUUUAUCGCAAAGAACAACUCAGCAAGCCGUGA